GGAGAUCAGGGCGGGUUCCCGCGCUUUCCGUUGACGUCACGCCCCGGAAAGAGCUGCGCCAAAUACGGAUGCCGAAGGGAUCUGAAAGUAGCAUUUUCAAUCCGAUGAAAGCAAAUGAGACCUUUAAGUUCUCUCACGUGGUUCCUUGAGGUAUUGUGUAUAUAUGUAGUUAUGUGAUUAGAAAUCCCUGUAAAGUUCAUCAGCUCUCCUCCUGAGACAGUAACAUGCCUCUGGAGGAGGGACCAGCACCCACUGCUGAAAAUGCAGAUAGGGAGCAAACCAACAUGGCCGAAAGGUCAAGCAGCAUGGAACAGCCGGUCGCUGGUCCCUCAAACCCUUCACAGCGACAGGGCUUCUGCAGCUACUGUCAGGUCGUGUAUAACAGCAUAGAGCAGCACAUCCAGAGCACCAGGCACAGAGAAGUGGUGGUACGACCAGCAAGGACAAAUGUAUCCUGUGGAAACCUGAUGGAGCGAUUCCUCCAGGACGUGCUUCAUCACCAUCCUCAUGGCUACAACGACACACGUCCCACCCAUGCUGACUUACCUUGCCUCAGUAAGGUACCAGUUCCAAGAGAAGUAUUAUCAGAAGUAUACUGUAGAUCGGAGGACGACGGGCUUUCUGUUGGGACCAGAGAGGAAAUGCUCAGCUCUGAUGAAGAAUUCUGUCAGAUGGUGCAAGCUGAACCCACUACCACAUGUAGUAUGAACCAAGAACAUGCAAGCACUUUUGUGGCUAAGCCUUUGGGUGUUGCGAUAGAAAAGAGUGAACAAGCUGGCUUUAAAACAGUAAAACUGAAAAUUGAACCCCCACUCCCUGAAAGGUAUUCCCCCACACAGGGGUUCUUACAUAGGACUAGUAGUGAGUCUGGUAUGGACAGACAACACGCAUCAAAAGGGACAACACAAGCAGUAACUUUACAACUCAAACAGCCUUGUAGCUCUCAAACUCCAGAAUCCCCAAGGUUUCAACACAGGAAGGCACACAGAAAAACGAAUAGACAUAGAGAAGACAAUGAUUCAAGCCCAGGCCCCACUACAUCACCAGUCACAAAGUGCAUUACCUCAAAAGCCCAGCAUGGGCAAUCACAGCUAACUAGGACUGCAGUGCUACCACUCUGGAAGGGGCCAAACAAGGUAAGGUCAUUCAGUGAAAAGUCAGACGAAAUACGGGCGAUUAUUGAAGAGGUCAUUGAAAGGCACUGCUAUGGCCGCAGUCCUAAAUCCAGCCAGGAGGACGAAAGCGUUUUCCACCUGAGUUUGCAAUCCAAUGAGUCUAAAGACAGUGAUGAAUGGGACAACACCUUUCAGGCAGCUUUGCAAAAAAACACAACCGAGGAUAAACGUCUUGCAUGCCUUACGCAGGUACAUAUAAACCUUGAGGACCAAGGGUACAAAGCCCAGCUGGACACAGCAUUGAAUACUGUGUUAGAAAGCGAGAAUACAGAGCCUGGGGAAGCUAAAAAGAACGAGGCUGAAGAGAUCAUUCCAGAUCUUCCACACAUACCACCAUCCUUUGUGGGAAAAACGUGGGCACAAGUAAGGUAUGAGGAUGACUUAAAGAUAGACUGCCUGGUGAGAGAGUUCCGACAGGGCUGCUUUCGUUGCUAUUUUGACAGUGAAUCACUGGCUAAUUUUGGGAAGCACCACAGGAAAGAUAAAAAGAGGAGGAAACAAGAGGACAAGGUGGCUGAUUUUGAGUGUAAAGAUGUGUUUCCUCUUAUUGAGCAUCAUGAGGAUGACUCAAAACACAUACCUGUGUUUAGGAAGACUAGGCAUCGAAUAUACAGAAUGGCAUCACGCUGUCAAGUGGUGAAGGUGAGCCAUGGAACACAAACUGCACCCUUGAACUUCCCUCUAGUGCGGAGAAAAACAUUACCUGAAACUGCCACUUUACUCAGUAUAUGUGAGACUCAAAAGGACCCAAGUCCUGAGAGGACACCAGACAUGAAAACAAGAAUGUGUGCACUCAAACUCCCUGAGUCCUACUGUAAAAUUAUGAGCCCUCUGCAGCCGAAAACUGUGGUUUAUGUUCUUUCUUCCCCAGAUGGUGGGCAGGGUUCCUUUAAGCCCACUCCUGUUAAGAGAGUGGGCAGAAAGCGGAAAUCAAGUGAUGAAGAAUGUACAAUUAAAUACAAGUACAAAAAGACCCCUCUCAAAUAUUAUGACCCCCUGACCAAUAGAAUUCUUAAGAAUCCACCUAGAGGGAUGCCCUCAACCUCUACAACCAAAUCACUCUCCCACGUUAGACAGUUAUUCCGUAGUCUCAGUCCAGACAUCAACAAGGAACUCCAAGGUUCAGUACAGGGACGAUCACCUCGAGGCUCUAGAAAGGGUCAGGGUGAGAGUAGCAUGGCAGACCUUUCUGCAUCUACCUCUGGCUCUUGGCUGGACUGUGGGGGCCCCUCUGAGCCUGGCUCUUCUGUUUCCAGCAAGAAGGCCCUGUUCAGCAAAUCCUCCAUCUCUAGCGGCAGCCGUUUCCUCCUGGGGCAGAUAAGGUCAUCUGCUUCCCACACAGGCAGCUCCCAUUCAAGACCAAAACGUCCUUCACGUACAGGCAGUUCUCUCACGGUUCCAGGGACAAAGCCAACAUCAGACCAUGCACAGGCGCAAGUGGACCAAACACCAAGUAGACGUCGGAAACAGGGGCAGAGAGGUACAGAUAAACCUCUGACUCCAGCCAAAAAACCAUCCUCACCUUCUUACAGGACCAAGCGGAAGUCAACCAAAGCCAGAGCAAAGUCUAGAAAUGUUCUCCAGCGGAAGGUCAGCACCCGUGUUGCUACCGGAUAUAGAAUGUCAACUCGGAAUAGAAAUUCCACCAGCACUUCACCCAGAUCAUAAGCUUCUUCUAACGUGGAUGUCUUGGCCCCUAAACAGUAUCCAACGGACUCACUGCUAGCAGCCUACCCUAUUGGGUUUGGUGCUAUGAAACCUACUGUACAACAGGCAAAACAUUAAUUUAUAAGCCAGCAUUUUAGCUUAACCUCUUUUAUAUGUGAGGAGAGAUAUGUAGGCAGAGUACUUCUUGUUACUGUCUAUUAAUUGCUGUAUAAUUUUGCACAGCUGGAUUUUUAGGUGGAAUUCAUUCUGUCUGUAUUUCUUGUUUCCUAGUCAAAUCAUGCAUUUCUAAAAAGGGUUCAAGGGAAUAUUUUUUACAUUUUUUUAAUGAAUAUUUUUGUCCAGCGGUUGAAUAUUUAAUAAUGAUUGCACAUUAAAGUUUAUUAUAUAAAUGUAUUUCUUUCA